AUGGAUGUUGUUAGUAAAAUGGUGUUCUGCAAUUGGGCUAUGGUUGAGAACUAUUGUUUUUGUAAAAGGGGGAGAAUUUGGGUGGGUUGGGAUAGAGAUAUUUUGCAUGUGCAGGUUAUCCAAACUUCAGCUCAAGCAAUUUUUUGUAAGGUUAGAAUUUUGAAAGAUAAUUCCAUGCUCUUUUGUUCUAUUGUCUAUGAGAUGACUAGUGUAGGGGAAAGGAAGGAGCUAUGGAAGGAACUUAUUCACCAUGCCAAUGUUAGCCAACGUGAGCCAUGGGUUAUUAUAGGUGACUUUAAUGCGGUUAGAUUUUCAGGGGAAAAGAAAGGAGGUUCUAAUCAAUGGAAUUCGCAAUGUGAAGAGUUUAAUGACAUGUGUGAGGAAGCUGAUAUUGAUGAUCUUAAUGCCAUUGGGUCAUUCUUCACUUGGAAUAACAGAGGAGAGCUCAAUAGAAGGAUUUGGUGCAAACUUGAUCGGGUGAUGUGUGAUGAGCAUUGGAGCAGCAGGUUUCCCAACUCUUUUGCAUCCUUCCUUACUCCGGGCAUAUCGGACCAUUGCCCAAUGGUGUUUGAUAGUGGGCUGAACUUUCAAGGUAAGAAAUCCCCAUUCAAGUUUUUCAACUUCUGGGCGGAGCAUGAAGACUUUUUAUCUAUGGUGGAGAGAGUGUGGAGUUUGGAGGUGGAGGGUAACCCCAUGUAUAGGCUGGUCUUUAAGCUAAAAGCGUUGAAGGUUGAGCUUAAGAGACUAAAUAGAAAGGAGUUUUGGAACAUUUCGAAAAUAGUGAAAUCUGCUAGAGAUGAUCUAGCCCAAUUCCAAGAAAGGCUUGUUGUGGAUCCAGUUGAUGGUGCUCUUUUGCAAGAGGAGAAAGUUAAGGUGGAAAAGAUGGUCAAGCUUUCAAAAGUCGAAGAAUCAUUAGCCAAGCAAAAGUCUAGGGUUAAAUGGUUACGCGAAAGGGAUGCCAACACUUUUUACUUCUUUAAAUCGAUUGCUAGAUGA